GCAAACACAAAUCUCUCAAGUCCGCUUUCUUCACUAUCUCCUCGUUACCUCCAUAUCUCCGAAAGGCGGCUGUCCAAAGCUUCAAACCUGCGAGUGAGUUCAUACAUGGUGCCUAAUUCCCUCAUUGCAAGGUUAACUUCAUCAUUCUCAUACUACAAGUGUAGCAGAAUCCAAUUGAGUUCUGUGUUUCAUCACAAUGCUUUCCCUUUUUCCUUCAAUUCAUUCAGUUCAUGCACCUCAUCAUCUGACUCUGAAUCAGAUGCAGACUACUGCAAAGGUGACACCUAUACGAUUUCUUACCUAACCAAAUCAUGUGGGUUGUCUCCAGAUUCAGCCAAGAAGCUCUCUAUAGGGUUGAACUUGAAAGACCCAGAUGGCCCAAAUGCUGUUCUUGAUCUUCUCAAAAACUAUGGCUUCUCCAAAACCCAGGUUGCAAAGCUUGUAGGGAAACACCCCUUGUUGCUUUUUGCUAAUGCUAAGAGAACCCUUUUGCCUAAGCUCAAGUUCCUGCAUUCUAUUGGGGUUUCCACCACUGAUAUGCCACAGGUUCUCCUUGCUAACCAUAUUUUGUUGGUCAGGAGUUUGAAGAACUGUAUCGUUCCGCGGUAUAAGAUUCUCAGGGGUGUUCUCCGUAAUGAUCAGGAAGCUGCUAGAGCUUUGAGAAAUGCACCUCGUGCUUUUACCUAUUGUGAUAUUAUGAAUAAGUUGGUUCAAAACAUUGAGUUUUUGAGACAAUUUGGUGUGCCUCAGAGUUCCAUCUCUCUCAUGGUGGUGAAUUUUCCAUCUGCAACAUAUAUACAUCAUUCCAAAUUUGUGGAAGCUGUCAAGACAGUUAAGGAAAUCGGUUUGGAUCCUUCGAAAACAACUUUUGUCAUGGCGGUUCAAGUGCUUUUGGGUUUGAGUCAAGCAGCGUGGGAAUCGAGAUUUGAAUUUUUCCAUCGGUGGGGCUGGGAUCGCGAAAUGACUCUUCAAGCUUUCAGGAAGUUUCCCAAUUUUAUGAAGCUGUCACAGGAGACAGUUGCAAAGAAAAUGAGUUACAUGGUGAAUGAUAUGGGUUGGACAUUAGAAGAUGUUGCUGGAUUUCCUCCUGUUCUAGGCUUCAGCUUGGAGAAGAGGAUUAUCCCUAGGCUCUCAGUAAUCAAAGUCUUGAAAUCAAAAGGCCUGAUCAAGAAUGAUAUGCACUUAAGUUCCUUUAUGUGCUCAUCUGAGGAAGUUUUUUUGAAGAAAUUUGUCAUCAAUUUUCAGGACGAUGCGCCUUUACUAACAGAUGUCUACAAAGGUUUGAUUGAUCAUCAGGAUGUGAUUUAGUCUUCGAAGGUUUUUGCAGGCUAUUGCCUAACCUCAACUUUUCUAUUUCAAUGCUAAUUGAUUUUUCCUUGACUUUCACUUUUGGUGUCAGCAUUUUGAGUUUUGUUUUUCUUUGGUAUAGAGACUGUUCCUCAGAUUUAUACAUAUUGGUUUCAUAUUCAAGUAUCUUAAUUAACUUAGUGAUAAUUUUCAA